CGUCGGCCAGUGGCGGACCCAGGAAAUUUUUUUACCUGGAUCAUAACUCAAAUUCAUUUAAACAUUAAACCCAAUUAAAACAAAUAAUGAUUUUAUAUUAAAAAAAAAGAUGACAUAUAUCUGUGAGUGCUGAGGUUCGAACCAGAGAAAAGGGGGUCACUGGGUUCAAACUAUAACCAACUGAGCCAAUAUCCAAUACAUAAAUAAGCUUACAAAUUAAUUUUUUAUUUUUAACCUGUGUCAAUUGCACCCCCACCAUUCUAUGUAGGUCCGCCUCUGACGUCGGCAACAAAAGAAUAAAGAUCCCUCAAGAGAUCUUCAUCCCUACUCUAUUUUUUCCUCUAAAAUAGAGUAAAAAUGAAUAUGGAGUAAGAAAUGCUCAAACCCAACUUCAUAUCUCACUCUAUAAUGAAAUUUACUCUAUAUAUAGAGUAAUCUAUUUUUUGGUUGUUUAUCACUCCAUGAAAUAGAGUAGGAUUAUAGCAAUUUUAUUUCAUUUUCACUUUUACUUCAUUUUGGAAGAAAAAUUGAGUUUAGAGUGAGGAAUGCUCCAACAUAACUUCAUAUCUCACUCUAUAAUAAAAUUUACUCAAUAAAUAGAGUAAUCUAUUUUUUGUUUGUUUAUCACUCCAUGAAAUAGAGUAGGGUUGGAGCAAUUUUACUUCAUUUUUACUUUUACUCCAUUUUGGAAGAAAAAUAGAGUUUUACAUUAGAAAUGCUCUAAAUUUAAGUGUUAUAUUCCCAACUCCGUUUUCAGUAAUUACUUGAAAUCUUCUAUAAAGUACAACUUUAUUAAAAAUAAAUAAAACAUUAAUUAAUUAAAACACAGUUAAAAAUAAUAGACAAAAGUACAUGUUUACUUUUUAAUGUGUGUGAAAACCUAAAACAACCUUUCAAAUAAAGAGGGAAGGGAGUAUAAAACUUGCAUUAAAAGGUUAAAUACUUAACAAACAAAAAAAGUGGGUGGAAAUAAAAGUAUUGUUUUUUUUAGAGCAUCUCAAAUGUAAAACUCCAUUUUUUACUUCAAAAUGGAGUAAAAGUGAAAAUGGAGUAAAAUUACUCCAACCAUACUCCAUUUCCCACUCUAUAAUGAAGUGAUGAACAAACAAAAAAUAGAUUACUCUAUUUAUAGAGUAAAUUUCAUUAUGGAGUGAGAUAUGAAGUGGGGUUGGAACAUUCUUUACUCCAUAUCCACUUUUACUCCAUUUUAGAGAAAAAAAUGAAGUAAGGAUGGAGAUGUCCUUACAAGUGAUGAAUAAUUUGGAAGAAAGCAAACUUUAUGACGAAUAAAGUAUAAGAUGGAAAGUCUAAUACGAAUGAUUUAUUUCCUCAUAAAUCAUUAAUGCUGUAGAAAUUAGCAGAACAUGAGAGAUGCAUAAUAGAUGAUAAAACAUAAAUUAAGAAAGCAAAUUAUAUGAUUAAAAACUCACAAAAUCACUUUGAUAUCCGCCAGUCAUCAAACAACUCUUAAACUUUAUGAACUUCAGCUGCUACCAACAACAUGCUUUGAUCUUUUCGAGUCUUUUGCAUUUCCUUAUGAAUAAAGCAAAAACACCUAGAAGCUUUAUGCUUAAUAAAUUGGAAUUAGAGUCGGUUCAUUGGAAUAAUAAAGCAAAAAAUAAACAACAGAAACAAUGACCUUUAAUACACUGACACACGCUCAUAUCAACCUCUGCAUCUUCUUAUAAAUCAGUCCUAUUUUCUCUCUUUCUCUCUGUCAAGAAGAAGGCAAACAUCAAGAGAACCAGAUGAGACACUCUUGCUUUGUUUGCUUGUUACUGUUUCUCAUCACUGUUUCAGUUCAGUUAGAUGAGACAAUAUCCUUAAUAAGAGACAUGACAAAGCUUCUUGAAAUCCAAGACAAGAUCCAAGAAAAACUCGCUGUCGCUCCCUCUCUCCCACCUUUGUCUCCCCCUUCAUCGCCAUUUCCCAAAAUGGUAGGCAGAGUUAUAUACCCAAUUAGCUACGGAGCUGACCCGACAGGUGGACAAGACAGCAGUGACGCAAUACUUGAAGCUUUAACCGAUGCUUUUCAGCUACACAUUGAGCUUCACAUGCUGCCACGUGUCACUGAUCUAGGUGGUGUUGUUAUUGAUCUCCAAGGUGGCAGUUACAAAAUCGGAAAACCUCUCCGGUUCCCUUCCUCCGGUGGCGGAAACCUCCUGGUAAAAGGAGGGACAUUCCGAGCAUCAGAAGUGUUUCCUGGUGAUCGGCAUUUGGUAGAACUCGUGGCUUCAAACUCGUCGCCGGAGGAUACAUUCUCCGACCAGAACUCAGGGAUCUUCUUCGAGGAUGUGACAUUCAAAGACGUUCUUUUCGACUCAAGCUUCAGAGGUGGGGGUCUCGCGGUGGUAAACUCAGCUCGUAUCCGUAUCACAGACUGCUACUUCCUCCACUUCACAACACACGGGAUCAAAGUCCAGGGAGGUCACGAGACAUACAUCUCAAACACCUUCUUGGGACAACACUCAACAGUAGGCGGAGACAGACAAGAAAGACAGUUCUCAGGGACAGGUAUCGAUAUCUCUAGUACCGACAACGCCAUAACCGACGUAGUAAUCUUCUCUGCUGGUAUCGGUAUCUUGCUGAACGGCCAGGCGAAUAUAGUCACAGGCGUGCAUUGCUACAACAAAGCUACAUGGUUUGGUGGGAUAGGCAUUCUAGUGAAGUCUCACUUAACGAGGAUAGACAACUGUUACCUUGACUACACAGGUAUAGUCAUCGAAGACCCUGUUCACGUCCACGUCACAAACGCUCUCUUCUUGGGAGAUGCGAACAUCGUGUUGAGAUCGGUGCAAGGGAAGAAGAUUCACGGUGUGAACAUUCUCAACAACAUGUUUAGCGGUGAUCCUAAACACAACUUCCCGAUUGUUAAGCUAGAAGGAGAGUUUAAUGAGGUUGAGCAAGUUGUGAUUGAUCAGAACAAUGUGGAAGGGAUGACGUUGAAGUCAACAACCGGGAAGGCGAAGGUAUCAGCUAAUGGGACGAGAUGGGUUGUUGAUUUUGAACCGGUUUUGGUUUUCCCUAACCGGAUAAACCAUUACCAGCAUUCGUUUUUGGCGCAGUCCGGAGAGAUUCCUGCGAGUGCUGUGACUAAUGUUUCCAACAAUGUGGUGGUUGUCGAAACUGAUAGAGAUGUGAUCGGAACCGUGUCAGUGAUUGUUUAUCAGUAGUGAAAAAAAAACAACAUGUGUUCAUAUUUGAUCAUUGUCUUAAUGUUUCUACGCAAAUACAGACAUAGUUUCGUGAA